AUGUCGGCGACUACGAAUCGUUUGCUCGAGCUGGAAGAACUGACCGCAGCGCAGAAGGUCAAGUUAAGAGCCGCGGUGAAGAAAGGGAAAUCCAUCGAAGAAGAAAGGAACGCUUUGAAAGAAAAAUUGGAGGAAGAAGUACGAGUGAGCGAGGAGACGAGGAAAACGAGCGAUAUUUUAAUCGAGCAGUUGAGAGAACAAGUGAAGAAGAUGGACGGGAAAGUGAAAGUUUUAGAAGCCAUGAAAGAAGCGACGACGAGUUCGUCCGACAACAACGAUAAAGCGAAGAAGGAAGAGAAGGUUUUGAAGGAAAAGAACGAACAGUUGGAGGCGAAGGCGAAAGAGCAAGAGGUGUCGAUCGCGCGACUGGAGAGCGAACAGAAGGCGCAAUCGAAAGAAACAGAUGCGUUGCAAAGAGAGAAAACGAGAAUGUCGCGAGAGAUUGACGAUUUAAAAGCAAAGUUGAAAGAACAGAAAGAUGCGGUGAAAGUAUCGAAACGAAGAGAAGCGGACGCGCUGGUCGGCGGAGCCGCGUUGGAAACGGCGGAAAAGAAGGCGAUGGAGAACGAACAGUUGAGAGAAAAGUUCGAGAAAGAAAGAGACGAGAGUUUGGAAAAGUACGAACAAAUGAAAGAGGAGAGAGACAGGGCGAUAGAAACGGCAAAAACGAUCGAGGCGCGAACCGCGUCGUUGACGAAACAAAUGGAGGAAGCGAAGGCAAAGUUCGAGGAGGACUCGGCGCGAGCGAAAGAUUUGAAAGAGAAAUCAGAGCUGAUUCUAAGAGAAGCAGAACACAGGAUUCAAACUGCCGAAGCUUCUGCAGUCGCAUCCGAACAAGAAGCCGAGCGCAUGAUGGAAGAGGCAGAAAAUAGAAAUAGAAAGUUUCAACACUUACAAGUUGCGUUUCAAGAGCGGGAAGCGGCGUUGCAUAAAAAGAUUGAAACGUUGGAAAUGGCAAGAGACGAUCGAGUGGAAGGUGUGAAGAGCAGACUUGAAACUGAAAUGGAAAAAAAAGAAGAAUUUGCGCGGAUGUACGAAGAAGCAAAGACGGAAGUGAAGGGCUUACGUGCCUCGAUGGGUGCGAUGGAGUCCAACGCGCACGCCGCGGUUGCGGCGAGAGAACACGCGACGACGUGGAAGGAGAAAGCAACGUCGGCAAUCGCAGAGGCGGAGAAUUUGCGCGAAAAAAUUGCAGCAUUAGAAGAAGCAAAUAUACAAAAGCAGCAAAUGACGUCGUCCAGUUCCUCAUCUACGGCAAACGCCGUCGUCAUGGAAAAAGAGAUUGCGACUCUCAGGGAAAGUUUAGAAGUUGCGCUGAAACAGAAAGAGGACGCCGAACUCCGCGCGCAAUCUGCGUUGAACACUGCUUCGAGUAUGAAUACAAAUGGUGUCAGCGAUGCCUUCGGUGGUGAUUUGGAAAACAAUAGCAGCUCGUCCGCGCACCAGGCGCGUAAAUUAGCCGAAAGCGAACACACUGUUUUGAAACAACAAACAGAAAUCCAAGCGUUGACGAGACGCGUGAAAGAUUUGUCCUGGCAAGUUUCCAUGUACUCCGAUCAAGACAAAGUCGAGGGGAGUGGCAAUUUGACGGCGACUCCAGGGAAGAAAGCCGGGUUAGCGGCGAUGUUUGGUGGAGGUGGCGGUGGUGGCGGAUUGGCGAAUUUGAAAGGCAAAAGGAGACAGUUUGUCGUCGUGUAUUUAGGUGUUCUUCAUCUCCUCGUGUACGUUGCAUUUUUACACGGUGCAUUUAGCGCGCAUAAAGCAGUCACCGGAUGUAGAAGAUUUUAG